AUGGGCUUUUUUGAAUUGAAUUCAGAUGCGAGUUUAGUGGAGUGUAUAGCUUUGGGAGGUUGGUUCCUCCAUGAUCGUAACGGCAAAUUGGUCUUAGCAUACUUUAAGAAGUUUGGAGAUGUGGAUGUAUUGGUGGUGGAAGGUCUUUCAUUGUUGCAUGGUCUUCGUCUUUGCAAAGACAAAGGUUAUUCUUUGAUACAUGCCCAGGUGGAUUCACAGGCUCUAGUUGCCUUGGUAAAGUCUGCCCAUACCUCAAAGUGGCCGCUUUGCAAUGUUCUAAGAGAGAUUCAAUUUCUUCUUGAUAUCAUGAAUGCGGAGGUUCAACUUAUAGUUAGAGAAGCUAAUUUAGCAGCGGACAGGUUGGCUGCUUUACGAGUCGGUUCAGACACCCUUUUUACUUCACCUACCUUUUUGCCAGCUUCUAUACGGUUGGUCCUGGCAUUAGACUCUAGGUCAUUUCCCUAUGUUCGCUCUUAG